CCCAACGACCCCCGCCCCCCCAGCAGAGCCUCCCACCGCUCCGACACCUACCCCCCAAAGUUCCGGAACUCCUCAGCCUUCUUCCGGCCCGACUCCCGCGCCUCCUCCCAGCCCCGCGCCAACCCCGUCUUCCAGAAGCACCAGCAGCAACCACCACCGCAACACGACCCGCGCGCCAGCGAGGGUUCCCGCCUCGGCGGCUACCACGGCGGGUAUGACCGGCUGCCGCCCUCGGGCGCAGACGCCGAGCCGUCACGGCUGCCGUUUGUGGAGCCGCCGAUGGAGUAUGAUGAUGACCAGGUCAGUGAUCAGGUCAGUGACGGUGGUGAGAGGAGGAAUGGGAGCAGGGGGAGGCAGGUGCUGCGGGUGAACCUGGAGACGAUGCCGACGGCGGCCAAGAUGGGCCUGUGGCUGAUGGGGACGACGCCGCGCAAGAUGGCCAAGGCGGCGCGGGCGCAGCAGGAGAGGAGGGAGAGGGAGCGGGAGGCGAGGCGGUUGUUGAGGGAUGUGAGGCGGGUGGAGGAGGAGGGGGAGGAGCAGGAGCGGUUCCGUAGGGGGAAUGAUGUGACGGCGGAUGAGAAGGAGGAGUGGGAGAGGGAGUUUCAGAGGCUGGGGAUUAGGGACGAUGAUGGGGUGGCUUUGGCUGCUUGAUGGGGAGAGUGGGUAAGCUAGAACAUGUGAGUGUGUCUUGUUACAACUUGUUUGUUUUGUCUGCUUUGCUCGGAUUUCACAAAUUAUAAACGUUAGAA